AUGCUGGAUGAGGUCCAACUGCGGGAGUUCUAUGAGUUUGUGUACCCCGUCGAACUCGUGACUCAGUGGCUGUCGUACGACUUCUCCGCAGCAGAGAAAACGACGGAUAUAACCGGCGCCGCCCCCUCCCCUCCCGUGUCGAAUGACGUCGUCAAGAAGGAGCAGAGAAACAUCGUCGCGGAGGGUUAUCUUGCACGGCGGGAGUUUUGUUUUACGCUUCUCGGGGAUAUCUUUUCACGCUUCCGAAGCUAUAGCACCUCUGCAGAGCUUCGUCGCGAUCUUAUUCGUUAUUUUCCAGAGAAAAUUGAUGUUGGCGCGGUGUAUACGAUUCGUCCCAAUCAAAAACAGAGUGCAUCAAGCAUCCUGCCUCUGGAACGUGAGCUGGUGUUUGAUAUUGAUAUGAGUGACUACGAUAGCGUGCGGUCCUGUUGCAGUGGGAAAUCUAUUUGCAGCUACUGUUGGACGUGGAUGGCCUGUGCAGCCCACGUGCUGCGAAGAAUCCUUGAAGAGGACUUUGGUUUUCGUUACAUUUUGCCCGUCUUCUCCGGCCGACGCGGCAUUCAUUUGUGGGUGUGUGACAGGCGAGCUUGUAAGCUGCACGAUGAUGAGCGGUCUGCGCUUGUGGGGUACUUAACAGUGGUGGUUCCGAAGGCUUCUCGCCAGAUUGUAGUGGCGGACUUUGUAAACGGCAAACCCAUCCACCCCACCAUUCGCCGUGUGCAGCGUGACGUCAUUGACCCGGCCUUCACCCGGCUGUUUUUGGAGUCUUCAGAGUCAAAUCCGAACAGCGUCUUACACCCUAAAGGUGCAGGUGUUGUGUACUCGGCGAUUGUCGCAGCGCUUAAAAUGGGCUCACGCCGGGAUGUGGAGCAGCGGUUUACGCAGCAGGUUCCAUUUGAGGAGGGAAAUGUGCUUGACUGGGCCUACGUGAUACGAGCUCUGGGCGAUGCCGCGGAAAAUGUUACGGCGGCGGCGCAGAUUUUGCUCAUGUACCCAAGACUGGAUGAGCAUGUCACUACACGGCGAGACCAUCUCCUGAAGCUUCCAUUUUGUGUGCAUCCCGGCACGGCAUCUCUCUGUUGUCCACUCGAGUGGGACGACGUUGUCUCCUUCGACCCACUCACAGACGCCCCAAAGCUGCAGGAGAUGUUGUUGAACCGUCACAUGGAUUCAAAAUGGCUGCAGCCAUUAAAAAGAAUGUUAGAGGAGAUGAGCCUAGACGUUAUGGAGGAGCGUUAG